AAUCAAAACUAAUUUGAGGGCGCACGGUACGGACGGAUUCACGGACGCCCGCUGUGCUGAAGCCACUACAAUACUCGAUACUCGUUUUUUUUCUCUCGCCUCGUUCGGACGGCUCUCUGCGUCUGGGAAAAGUUAACUGGAUAAAAUAAAUAAUUUUGUAAAGUUAGUGCGAAUGCUGAUGCAUGUAUUGGAUUACGGGACGGUCGCGAACGGCGAUCACUUCCUCAACGGCCAAGAAGGACGCUGCUGAUCGAGUGCUCUAAAAGGCAGUUCCAAUUCUGCUGUCCAACUGUGUAUUGCUCCAAAAAAAUAAAUUAAUAAAAAAAGAAAAGGCUGAAAACUAACAGGCAGCCGGCGUUAAUUAGCUUCAAUUGGGCGAGAAAGGAGCCAAACAGCAAAAAAAUAACAACAGUGAACGAAAUGCGAAGAAGAAGAAGCGGUGAUCGCGUGUAUGUGUAAUCGAGUGUCUGUGUGCUCUCGAAUGGAAUGCAGUUACGAAAAAAGUAAAUAAAUAAUUGAGAGCGCGCAGGGCAGCCCCGCCUCCACCUCCACCCGCGCCAGCUAGCCAGCUUGCCAGCUGCCCCCCUCACACUCCGCCACCACCUUUGGCUAUCUCCCAUUAUCUCUGCGCGCGCGUGUGUGUUCGUGCGUGUGUGUUGGUGCGUGUGGAAGAAAUGAAAGAAAUGCCUUGGCUAAUGUAAACAGCGCAAAGAGAAACCCCCAAAUGAAAGAGUAAAGAGCAAAAGAAAAAGCGCGCGUCUCAGACUUAAAAAAAAAAUUAAAUAAUUUUACACAAAAAAAAAAAAUGCCGAACCAAUCGCAACACCACCUGCAGCCGCAUCCCCAUCACCUGAGGCCCCAGCAGCAGCAGCAACAACAACAGCAGCAGCAACACCAUCGUCAGCAGCAGCAGAACCAUAGCGAUUUUCCGCUGCCGGACGGCUGGGACAUUGCCAAGGAUUUUGACGGCAAGACCUACUACAUAGACCACAUCAACAAAAAGACCACAUGGCUGGAUCCCAGAGACUGCUACACGAAGCCACAGACCUUCGAGGACUGCGUGGGCGAUGAACUGCCGAUGGGCUGGGAGGAGUCCUAUGACCCCAACAUUGGCCUCUACUACAUCAACCAUCUGGCCCAGAGCACCCAGCUGGAGGAUCCGCGCCAGGAGUGGAAGAGCGUCCAGGAGCAGAUGCUGAGCGACUACCUAUCCGCGGCCCAGGACCAGCUGGAGAACAAGCGCGAAAUGUUCGACGUGAAGCAGCAGCGCCUGCUCUGGGCCCAGGAGGAGUACAACCACCUCAAGCUGGCCGCCAGUAGAAGCAGCCUGUGCUCCUCCUCAAGCUCGAUGAGCCGGCACGAUCCCGAGCUGCUGAGAGCUGACCUGAUGCUGGCCCGGGAACGAGUCCAUCAGCUGAAGCAGGAACUGAACCAUAUCACCAACGACAUAUCCUACACGGAGCGCGGCAUGAACACCCUGUACUCGGUGGGGGAGAAGAUCAACGCCCGCCAGAACGGCUGCUACGACAUCGCCGAGGUGCAGGCCAUUCGGGAGGAGAUGCUGAAGGUGCACAAGUCCCUGGUGUCCGGCGAGAAGGUGCGCGAGGAGCUGAUGCGCAGCCUGGUGCAGAUCAAGAACGAGCUGAGCCGCCAGCAGAUCAGCGAGGAGAACUCCGACCUGGCCUCGCCCUUCGACCGGGUGUGUGUGGCCAGUCAGACGGAUCUGUGCGGCUCCACCGGCGACAACCUGAACGGGGGAGCCCGGUUCGCGGAAAUGGCCAAGACCAAGCUGCAGUACGCGGAGUGGCGCAAGCACAUAAAGAAGCUGCAGCAGCAGCUGGCCGAUCACGUGGAGCGCAUCGAGCCGGGCCAACUGGAGUCCGACAAGGACCGCAUUCUGCUCAUCCAGGAAAAGGAGAAGCUGCUGAAUGACCUGAACAGCAUCUCCCUCAAGUCGCGCAGCGAGGAGGAGAAGCGGGUGAUCCAGCAGACGCGAAACAAGCUGGAGGAGGACCUCAAGGAGGCCUACGAAGCCAACAACACCUGCGUGGCCAACCGCCUGCGCUUCCACGAGGAAAAGCAGCUCCUGCUGGACAAGCUGCAGGAGGCCCUGAAGUCCACCAAGCUGCUGGAGGAGCGGCUGAAGUCCUUCUCCUCCGAGAGCACCUUUUCGAUUAGCAGCGGCAGCAGCUUGGGAUCCCUCUCCACCGCCAGCAGCAAGAGUGCUCUGAGCUUCACCGAUAUCUACAUUGAUCCCUUCGCCGUGGACUCGCCCAUCGAUGUGGUGGACCUGAGACGCCGCUCGCAACGAUUGUUCCAGCAACACCAGCGCCUUCACCCAGUACAUCCUGGCUUGCAGCAACAGCAGUCCUCGGAGGUGUCUCUUUCGCCGCGCAGCAGCCUGUCCAUGGAAACGCCGCCCGCCUCGCCGAUGAAGUACAAUCCAGGCGCAGAUCAGGCGACCCAAGCACUCAAAGAGGAGCCUACCUAUGCCAACGCUCUGCCCGCGCCUCCCGCCUACACAGCCCCGCCCCCAGUGCCGGUGUCGGGCGUCAGAGCACGACCAUACGACCUAGAUUCCACCGUGCUGGAUUGCAUGAUGCUGGAGGCCAAGCUGCAGAAACUGAACCUGGGCACGCCGCUCAACCUAGCCGCAGCCCCCCUGUCUCCGAUUUCGGAAAAGCCGUCGCUGCUGGAUCUGCCGCAGGAGAUGCUCAGCAGGUCCUCCUCCACCUCCAACACGCGAUCCGUGUCAGCGGCCGUCAGCAACGAGUCGGUGGCCGGGGACUCGGGCGUCUUUGAGGCAUCGCGUGCCCAUCUGCCACGCAAGGAGCUGGCCCAAGUCCAGAUCGGACUCAAGUAUUUGAAGCCGGAGGGCGUCUUGGUGGUGUCUCUGGAACGGGCUAAUAAUCUUCUGGCGCUGUGGACAGCUUCGGCAGACAACUCGCAAGUAUACCUACGUGCUGCCUUGCUGCCCAACUCGCUGACCUCCAUUCGGACAAAGGCGCUGGGGGAUUUCCAGAAGCCCGUCUUCAACGACACCUUCGCCGUGCCCAUCACGCUGGACAAGCUGCUGACCAAGAGCCUGCAGGUGACGGUGGUCACCAUGACGGGCCAAAAGGAGGAGAUCAUUGGCACAGUUCAAAUCAGCAUGGCCGAGUUCAACCCGGAAGACUCCACCCUAAAGUGGUACAACGUGCUCAGCUCCAAAUUCAUUCCCACCUUUGAAUCCCUGGACAUUCCCUCCACCAGUGCCGCCGCAGCUGCCGCCGCCGUUGCCGCCAGUAACAACAAUCGGGAGGAGUCUUCGGACGAGUCCACCAUUACCUCCUCGCAAACGUCCACGCUGACGCGCAACCAGGCGCCGCCCAUGGAACUGCAGGCCCAGAUCGCCGAGGAGCAGCCAGAGCAAGGCCGUCUCAACGACCAGGACGGCAGCGAUGACGACGACGAUGACGAAGAGGAGGAGGAAGAUGACAAGCAGCUCAUCAGCGAUGUUGGCCUAAUGAACUCGAGCUGCAUGCUAGAUGCCUAUAUGCAGAACAUGAAGCAGGAGUUCGCCGACAAGGAAACGAAUACGGACUGCGCCUUCCUGCCGGAGAAGUCCCGCGGCCAGUCCCAGAUGAUGGAUGACAGGCCCGUGAAGCGAUCCCAGACCUUCACGCCCUCAGCGGCCGUCAGCAAGAACCGCUACAACUGCCGGCUCAACCGCAGCGACUCUGAUUCUGCAAUGCAUUGCGGAGUGGCGCCACACACCUUCCAGCGUGGUGCUGCCGAGCGGAGAUCCCUGCGCUUCCACCCCAAGGCUCCAAAGUCAGUCACAAAACUGCAUCAUACUCACAUACCACGCACCAGCUUGGACUUGGAGCUGGACCUGCAAGCCCAGCACAGCAAACUGUACUUCCUUAAUGACCAAAUCGCCAAGCUGCAGAACCUCAAAGAAGUUUUGCAGAAAGCUUGCGAGAACAAGGAUCCUCUGAUUGCCGCGUGGGCCAUUGAGAACGAAGAGUUCCAACGCCUGGUGGCUCGUGCCGAUCCCGCCAAGUGUCCCGAAGAGCGUCAGCUGCAAAAGCUGCUCAUGAAAACCGCCAAAGAGAUCCACAAGCUGCGCAAGACCAAGGUGCCCAAGGGUUGCCCUGAUCUAGUGUCGUUCAAGGAGAAAAUUACUUUCUUCACGCGCAAGGGUAUGUCAGUGCCCGAGUUGCCCAGCGAAUUCACCUUGCCCGAAGCCAAUACAAUCCUCUUCGAGGAGGAAGAGGAGGAGGAGGAGGAAGAGGACGAGGAUGAGUUCUAUAACAAUGCUGCUGAGACGGCCAUUGCCAUCAACACGGCACUGGUGGCGAGCAACAAUCGAAACAAGAAUCUCAGUGAUCACCAGAAUCGAGUUGCCAGCGGUGCUGUGCCCAAAGUACCGGCUACACCAGCCACUCCAGCAGCUUCUCCAGCCGCCAAUCCUCCUCCAGCCACUCCUACCACCACUCCGGCUACUCAAGCGACUCCUACAGCAGUUCCUGUUCCCGUGGAUGACAACAAUACGGAGCAACAGCGCUACGACUAUGUUGUGGAUCGCACUUACGGCGUAGAGGUCUAACCACCUCGUCCGCUUCGCCCCAUCGCUGUACAUUUUUGUAAUUAAUUUAGUAUUUAUUUUCGCUAAGCAACAAGUAUUUAUGUGUAUAAACAACUGAUGUAACAAAUAUCUGUGCCUUAUAGAGAACGUGAGAUAGAGAGAGAAUGUAGAGGAGAGAUGACCAUGCUAAUGAAAUGAUAUAUUUACGCAUAGUUAUGCUGUAGACCUAAGCACUAUUUUUAUAUUUAGCCUAGAACCGUAGCCUAGCAGACCCAACUAGACCCGUGGUCAGUUGUACAAAUUGACCCCCCACUGAUGACCAUAUAAGCGAAACUGAGAGAUACAAAACCACCAUACAAUGCCCCCACCCAAAACGAAAGUAAAAUAUUAAUAACACAGCACCCCGCACAAAAAUUCAAACAAAACGCGCACAUUGUGCGUUCAAUGAGCCCCCUUAAAUUCAUAUUGAAACCAACUGUAUUUAUAAGACUUGAGCAAAAUGAUACGAAUGUUUAUAAAUAUUUUUAUACGCGUCUAGGAAUAGUAAUACCACCUACCUACCGCCUUGACUACCCAGGCCACUCAAGCCACGUACACAAAACAUGAACGAAGUGAAAUAUUUAUUGUAUUCUAUUGAUGGAUGAGCGUAUAGCACUCGAAUCCGAUCGGUUAGGUUAGUUAGCUUGCGUUUUUGUUAAGCUCAAAACGAAUUCUUAUAAUAUAAUUUUUUUUAUAAAAAAAUCCUAUGAAAUCCUAUACAAAAAAAAUAUAAUAUGAAUAAAAAAUGAACCACACAAAAAAGUGAAUGUACCAUAUUAGAUAAUCGUCACUAUUUUAACGUUAAGAUACCCCUUAAACCACAAACCUAGACCCCCAUUGAAAAGCGAGAAAACCAUGAAAUGAAACCUUGUUAUGCUUCCACGAGCGAACCUGUUGAAACUGUUGAACUCUUUGCGACGAAGCACUGAAUUUUUAUGAAAUGAUAUGAAAUUACCCUCAGCUCUAGUUUAGUGUAGGUUCUGUGCAAAACUUCUCUGUUGUUUACGUUUUCACUAAUCCAUGCCCAGACCCCGAAAACACACAAAAUUAGUUAGUAGAGCAAAGAGUCCCCACGCAUAUUUUUUCAAUACUGUAGUAAUUUUAGUUUUAAUAAAUUAUAUGAAAGUGAACAUG